AUGCCCGCGGGCAUGUCCUGGCCUAGUUAUCUGAAAAUGGCAGCGGCCAGCCUCCUGGCCAUGUGUGCCAGUGCCCAAGUGGUGCACAGUUACUACCGGCCCCACCUGACAAGACCUGAAAGUCCACCAAAGCCUGGAGAACUCAAAACAGAGCUCUUGGGACUAAAAGAGAGACAACACAAACCUCAGGUCGCAGAGCAAUAAAAACUGUGGAA